UACGUGUUUACAUAUGUUGCUCUGUGUGCCAUGGAUAGAAACGGCGUGUGUGUGCGCAUCAAAGGCGCGUGUGUCGGCGUCAGUAUUUUAACGCUGUGACUUUAAAGGGGUGGUGGUUCGCGGUGAGAUAGCAGAUAGGUUUAAUUUAGUCCCCGAGAACACGUCGCGCAUCCCGGAGGUUCUGUGCUCUUCCAGCCGUGCUGUCUCGCUCGCUUUUCCAGUCAAUCAGCAGACAGCUGUCCGCCCGGAGCGAUGGGAGAGGCCGAGACGCGUCAGAAACUGCUCCGCAAUGUGAAAAAGGAGGUGAAACAAAUUAUGGAGGAGGCAGUAACGAGGAAAUUUGUGCACGCAGACAGCAGCCACAUUAUAUCCUUCUGCGCUGUGGUAGAGGCGUGCAUGCUACAUGGGCUGAAACGUCGUAUCGCAGGCCUGCUGUGCAGUAAUAAGGUGGCAGCACUCUUUAUGAAGGUGGCAAAGACCUUCUCUCCUGCUGAAGAGCUUUGUCGCAAAGUGCAGGAGCUGGAGCAGCUUAUUGAGAACAGCAAGCAGAACAAUUCCUCCCUGAGCAAUGAUCGUAGCCGAAUGUCAAAGCUGCCUAACCUUCCUCCUCAGGCCCUCAAACACUUAUGGAUACGGACGGCUUUGAUGGAGAAAGUCCUGGACAAGAUAGUUCUGUAUCUGGUGGAAAGCAGCAGUGCAUUUUAUGAUAAAGGAGCCAUGCUGAUGGAUCCAGUGGAUGGACCAAUCCUUGCUUCUCUAUUGGUUGGCCCCUGUGCUUUGGAGUACACCAAGGUGAAGACCGCAGACCAUUUCUGGACAGAUCCGUCUGCCGAUGAGCUCGUACAGCGACAUCGAAUCCACAGUGGUCAUUGUCGGCAGGAUUCUCCCUCCAGGAGGCCCGCUCUGAUCCAGAAGAGGCAGUCCAGUGGCAGCAUGGAUGACCGGCCCCUCCUGUGGGUCAGAGAAUAUGUUGAAUCUCUUCACCAAAACUCCAGAGCAACACUUCUGUUUGGAAAGAACAAUGUUCUGGUGCAGCCGAAAGAUGGAAUGGAAGCCAUACCGGGCUACCUUUCGCUUCAUCAAACUGCAGAUCUCAUGACCCUAAAAUGGACUCCUAAUCAGCUGAUGAAUGGAAAUGUUGGAGAGCUGGACUCAGAAAAGAGUGUUUAUUGGGAUUAUGCUAUGACGAUUCGUUUGGAGGAGAUUGUGUAUCUCCACUGUCAUCAGCAAGUGAACUGUGGUGGGACAGUAGUUCUGGUGAGCCAAGAUGGAAUCCAGAGACCUCCUCUUCAUUUCCCCAAAGGGGGUCACCUGCUGCAGUUUCUUACCUGCCUUGAAACUGGCCUGCUACCUCAUGGUCAGCUGGAUCCACCGUUAUGGAAUCAACGAGGAAAAGGAAAGGUUUUCCCCAAACUGCGUAAGAGAAGUCCUCACAGUUCGUGUGAUUCCGUCUCAGAUAAGGAGGAUGAUGAAGCAACUGAUUAUGUGUUUCGAAUCAUCUUUCCCGGCAAUCAGAUGGAUUUCAUGCCCUUGGAGAUGAUGGAUCAGGGCAUAAACAUGUGGCAGCCAACCCCCAGAAAGUCAUCGUGCUCCUCCUGCUCGCAGAACGGCUCAUCCGAUGGCUCUCUGCCGAAUGGCUGCAAUCAUGAAAGGGCUCCCAUAAAGCUCCUUUGCGAUACAAUGAAACACCAAAUAAUCUCUCGUGCAUUCUAUGGAUGGCUUGCGUACUGCCGCCAUCUGUCCACAGUCCGUACACACCUCUCUGCAUUGGUUAACACAACCAUAGUUGACCCAGGUGAACCUUGUGAUUCUCAAGGUGGGCUCACUGUAGAGGUCUGGGCCCGUUUCCUCGAGGACAGCUCUGCCUUCCAGGAAAAGGAGAUACACAGGCUUGUGUAUUUUGGAGGUGUGACCCCGUCGCUUCGCAAAGAAGUGUGGCCCUUCCUGUUGGGGCAUUACCAGUUAAACACGACACAGAAAUGCAGGAUGGAGAUCGACGAGCAGAUGCGGACCAUGUACGAACAGACGAUGAAGGAGUGGCAGGGUUGUGAGGUCAUCGUCCGUCAGAGGGAGAGAGAGAAGCACGCCGAGGCUCUGGCGCGAUGUUUGUCAGGAGCAAGUGUGGAACGAGGACCUGUCCAGCGGGACUCCACCAUCAGCACAGAUUCGUCUCUGAGCAGCAGCUCAGACCAGCAGAACGUCCCCUCACAAAGUGAUUCCAGCAGUGCACAGGUCUUUGAAUCGGUUGAGGCCGAAGGAGAUGAAACAACACACAGCAGCCUUAAAAAAGACACUCGGCUUUUCUCCUCCACUGAACAUCUAGUUUCAGACCAUCCUCCUGCAACCGAGUCAGCAGCAGAACCUGCAGCUUCUCAGCAGACAGCUGGAACGUUAGAAGCCUUCAGCAGCGAAACGCCAGCUGGAUCAGAGGCAGGAAGAAGUCAUCCCACUGUAGGUGGAUCCAAAGGAAAAGAUGUAAAACUCCUCAUUCUUGAGGAAGAGGCUGGAAUGAAGAAGCUGGAGACUGAGUCAGAAAGAGAAGCAGUGAAGACAAAAAUCCAGGAGUCCAAAGAUGAACCUGAUGCUGAGAAUAAAGAAAAAACUGAUGGAGAUGUUAAAGCAGUAGAUAGAAAUAUGAAUGGGAAGUCAGCUCCAGAGAACACCAAUGUUCUGAAGCUAGAAACGGAGGUCCGCAAUGAGUAUUUCCAAGCUCCUCCUCUUGGGCAGACCUUAGCUUUUUUUGCAAUCCAGAACAAAGAUCCAGAAGCAGAGACCUCUCGUUCACUCACACUGAGAGAAAAUGCUAUUUCACAAAGUGAGACGGAUGUUCCUAAAACACAUGAUGUGACAGAAAAAAUUGUUUGUGCUGAAACCAAAAAAGCUGCAGAGGUUCCUAUUGAAAAACCCGGCUCAAAUUCUCCAGUCAGACAGGUUCUGAAUGCUCUCCAGUCUGCAUCAAGAGCCACCCUUCCGUUAUCGUCACACUCUCGGCAGUCUACAGACACAGCCGAUUCCGACGACUCUCCUUCUGCUUUGGAAAUGGAGGACAUUCCUGCAGGGAUAACAUGUGUGACUUCAGAAGACAUCAACGUCAGGCCUUUAAUUGGCCUUGCCUCUCCUCCCAUUCCCUUAGCACAACGAGAAAAGAUAGAAAAGAUGGCAUCUGAGAAUUUUGUCCCAGAUCAAAAUCUGGACACAGCUUGCAACACCAGUCCUGAGGGCACUGAUUUGGCUCUUUCUGAAGAGGAGCCUGAGAUGGACAACAUCCUCACCGAACAAGAGUCUACAGACAUGGGAGGCGUCGCCAAAUAUGAAGAAUCAUCUGAGGAGCAAACCUAUUCUCAAGAAACGCUGGACAUGUACUUGAUCAACUUGCACCGCAUUGACAAAGAUGUCCGACGCUGUGACAGAACAUUUUGGUACUUCACUCCAGAGAAUCUGGAGAAGUUGCGUAAUAUAAUGUGCAGUUACGUGUGGCGGCAUCUGGAUACUGGUUAUGUGCAGGGCAUGUGUGACCUGCUGGCUCCCCUCCUGGUUAUUCUGGAUGAUGAGGUAAUGGCAUUCAGCUGCUUCAGUGAACUGAUGAAGAGGAUGAACCAGAACUUUCCCCAUGGGGGUGCAAUGGACACUCACUUUGCAAAUAUGCGCUCAUUGAUACAGAUUUUGGACUCCGAAUUGUUUGAACUGAUGCAGCAGAAUGGAGACUACACCCACUUCUACUUCUGUUAUCGCUGGUUUCUUCUGGACUUCAAAAGAGAAAUGGUGUACGAUGACGUGUUCUCUGUGUGGGAAACUAUCUGGGCAGCCAAACACACUUCCUCUGAACACUUUGUGCUCUUCAUCGCUCUGGCGCUUGUGGAGAUGUACAGAGACAUCAUUCUGGAAAAUAACAUGGACUUCACUGACAUCAUCAAGUUCUUCAAUGAAAUGGCAGAACGACACGACGUCCCGCGGGUCUUAAUGAAAGCCCAAGACUUAGUCCACAAAGUGCAGACUCUCAUAGAAAACAAGUAAUUUAAAAAUGCUGCUCACUCCAUGAUCCUAUGAUUGUUGUACAUUAUUUCAAAGAUGACAGUCUUCACAUCCUCCACAAGAGGUGCUGGUAUUAACUGAAGCAGCUUUUUGGCAGGUGGUGAAUGAAUUAAAGCUGCCCAUUGUCCUAAAUCUGGUUGUAAAACCACUUCCGUUCAGUUGCUCCUCUUUAUAGUCAGGAGUUGAAAGUGAUGCCAGUGAAAUUCCCUUUUUGAAGUGUUCUUGUUAAUCCAGUGAAUGUUGAAUCUACUUCAGGAUGUUCUUUAUUUAGCCUUAAAUGUUGCUGUUUAUUUUUUUUCAGGGAUAAAAACAAAUUAUUUUCUCUGCGCACAUUUAGUUAGACACACCAGUGAUGUCCUUAUUAGUUAGCAGAAACAACAGCUGCCAUGGUUACACAUGAAAUGCACUUAUACUUUCAGUUAUGCUUCAUGGCAUGAUCUGGUUUUCUAAACUUUAGAAGAACAUGCUGAUUGUGUUAAAGUCGUGUGUCAUCCCUGGCCUGCAUCAUAACAGCCAUUUUGAGAACUGCUCGCUUUGGCUCUCUGACAUUUAAUGACCCUGUCUGUGAUGCUGAUGCACACAAGCCUUCGAGGUUUGCAGACCUGAACUCAGAACAUCGCAGCGUAAUUCAUAUGGAGACAUGAUAUCCACACAUGCUCCUUCCACCUCUGACAUUCUCUGUGCAUUGAUUGAGAAAAUGACUCAAUCUGUUGCCGUUCAUCCCUUGACUCAGAUGCCAGUAGUUUUUUUUUUUCUGUUUCCGCGCGGACCAAUGCUCCUCUAGGAUUAGCUUUUUCAGGUAGCGUUCUUAAGUUACAUAAGCGUUUUGGUCACUCAAGCUGAGCAUGGCAACUUUAAAACAAACAAGUGCCAAUUAUGCUUUUAUGCGCCAAUAUCAGAUCAUCUGUCGUGACUGGCAAUUUUCAGUUCAUGGUAAAAAGCAGUACGAGUGCACUUCCUGUUUUUACAGCAACAUCAGCACAAAAUCUUUGCCUCAAUCUUUUCUUCUGGAUGUUAUUUGUCUCUUGAUCAUGUUUUUGUGGAGCUGAUUGGCAGCAAUGCUGUCAGUAAAAUAUUCGGACCUCAAAAUCAAUGUGUUCAUACCUUAAAUCCACUCAAACUGUUUACGUUUUCAACUGCAGGUUCCUUCUUUUACUUUUCAGAAGUAUUUUUUCUCAAUUUUGGAGGAUUUUGCAUCCUAUGGAGUUAGUUAUUGAUCAUUUAUAUUGUGCAUUUAGAUAUGUUUUUUUAAAAGACUUUUCACCCAUCUCUCAUGGUGCUCCUUGGUCACCAGAUCAACUUCUGCACAGUUGAGUGAAUGCAUGUGGUGCAGAAAUGCUCAGGCACAAGAAAAUGAAAGGUCUAAACUGCCUCAAAACAUAUUAGUUAACUGGUAACUGUACUAUGUUAUGUAGCCUUGUAGAUAAGAUUGGAUUUUUUUUAGGGCUGCUACAUUUCCUCAUUUCAGAUCCAUGGUGACGAAUGGUCAUCUGAUGAUCCAUUUCCACAAGCUUUCACAAUUUCUUGAUGUCUUAGGGCAAUGUCCGACACAGUUUGGCCAGAAAACAUCACAACUGUAGCGACAACACAAAGGAAACCCCAAACCCUCAACCAUCAAUCAGAAAGAGUUAAUAGUGGCACACUUAGGAGAUUAAAGGAGACCAAGUUCACUCAUUUUUUUCAACACAUCUGCAAUGGUUUCUAGCAUAAAUGAAUGCCUUGUGAGUCAAUCUCUGUGGGGGGAAAAGCUCUGGAGCUCCUGUUUCAGGAACUAGAAAUGAGUCAGUGGAGAGGUGAGCAGAAGAUGAUAGAAGUCUUAUUUCCUUAUAUUCUGACAUCUCACCUCUGAUUGGCUAACAGUAAUGCGACUCUACUACUGACUGUUUGCUCUGCACAGUUGUUUUAUCGCCACAAAUAACACAAGCCUGGAGGAGCUUCUGCUGUGUGGUGGAGUUGCUAAUGCUAACGGUUAGCUUAUACUAGCUGAGGCGGGCUCUGCUGUUUCCUGGAUGCUAAAUCAACAACAGCCUUCCCCAUCGUGAGCCAAGAUGGGUGAGUCCAUGAAUGCUAAUUUGACAUUAUGACGUGCAAUUGUCAGGCUUUUCUAGUCCGAGCAUUUUGUCGUCUAUUUUCUAUCGCAGGCUAAUGCGAUAGACAAAUAAGACAAAUAGAAAAUAGGAUAGACAAUAAUUUUCACAUUUAGCCUGCAUGUUAAAGAGUGACCGAUCAUAUUCAAAAAAUAACAAGUAAAAAAAAAAACUGUUUCUCAAUUAACUUGGUCUUUAAGCUCAGACCAGUAGUCAGCAAACAGUAAAACUUGAAUAAAAAAUCUUUUUUACCUUCAAACGUUUUAAAAAUUAUGCACAUGCACUGGCCACUUCAUUAGGUACACUUGUUAAUUCCAACAGUUGAUCAGCCAAUCAUACGGCAGCAACUCUGUUCAAUAUGGCAUUUUGAAGUAUUUGUUUGAGUGUUUCAGAAACGGGCUGAUCUACUGGGAUCUCCACACACAACUUGUUAAGAGAAAAUCUCCAGUGAGCAAUUGGAUGUAUGACAAUGUUUAGUUGAUGUAAGACGUCAGAGGUGAACGAACUAUUUAAAGGUGAUAGGAAGGCAACAGCAGCUAAAAUAGCAACUUGUGUCUUCAGAAUAUCAUGUCUGAACCACAACACGUUGAACCUUGAAGCAGAUGGACAGUGCUUUCUGCUUAGAUGCCCAUGUUGGUGCUGCAGUAUCCUCUUCAUUUGAUCAUUUGGCCAAAGUAAAGCUUUUUUAAUCCAGACGAAUCUUUGAGACUGUUGUUCAUGCUUUUAUUACCUCACGCCUCAACUACUGCAACUUUAUCUUAUUUGGUGUAGGUAAGGGGUAGCUCAACUGCAGCUUGUCCAGAAUGCGGCUGCAAGUUUCUUGGACGGCAAAAGAAAGCAUGAACACAUGCCACCAAUCUUGUUUGUUUUCCAUUGGUUACCUGUAGAUUUUAGAAUUCAUUUUAAACUUCUUUUUUUGGUGCUGAGUGGAUUGGCUCCAGCCUAACUGAUGGAGUUGUUGCAGCCAUAUGCUCCGGCUUGAACACUUUGUUCUGAGAACCAGCUGCUGCUUGUGGCUCCCACGGCUUGGCUGAGGUCAACAGAUGAUGGGGCGUUCUCCGUUGCUGGCCCGAAACUGUGGAACUCACUGCCCCUAACUAUUAGGAUCUCUGCAUCAGUAGCGGUUUUUAAAAUGAGGCUGAAAAUAUUUUAAUGAUCUGGCUUUUAAUUCUGUGUUUUACGUUCUGAUCUUGUGAAUUUAAUUAGUUGCUUUUAAUUGUGUCUUUUGCUUUUAUAUGUUUUAUUCUUUUGUUUUACAGCACCUUGGUGGCAUGAACGUGCCUGUAAGGGGCUAAUAAAUAAAGGCUGAGUUGAGUUCAGUUGAGAUGGUCUACAGCAGCAGACCACCCUGUGUAAGAACAGCUAUGAGCAGGAAACUUCACACAGGAUCACCAGAACUGGACCAUAUGAGAUUGGAAAAAUGUCUGUCUUGAUUUCAGUUGAAACGGUCAUUUGGUUCGGUCAGAAAUUAGUGUCAACAUAAAAACAGGGAUAUGAUUCAGGCUGCUGCUGAUGGUUUAAUGAUCAAUCAAUCAAUCAAUCAAUCAAUGCUUUAUUUAUAAAGCGCCUUCCGCAACCCUGUCAGGAAGCCCAAGGCUAAUGAUGUGUGGAAGAUGUUUUCAAAAUCGGAGGAAUGCUGCCUUUUUGACACCUUGUUGAAUCUUUGCCAUUGAGGCCUCCACAUUCGCCAGAUCUCCACCGAGUCCAGAACCUUUUGGAUGUGGAGGAACAAGAGAUUCUUAUCAUUGACGCUGUCUUUGUGAUGCUGUCAUGUCAAUAUAGACCACAACCUCGAAUUCUUCAUGUCAGAUUCAACAGGCUGUUGGAAACAUUUCUUCAAGCAGCUCAGGAGGAAAAAACAUGGUUCCAACCUGGUUUUAGCUAAGUGUACUUCAUACAGUGGCUGGUGCGUGUUUACAUUCUCAUCAAAAUGUAGCGGGCCCAGAAAACCAUGACAGCCUUGAGUUGGUGGUGACUUCAAAACACUCAAAAACAUAAAAUUUGUGUAUUUUAGGUUGUAUAAAAAAAUUACAAUGUUUAAUGGCAGCAAAUGGUUUUGAGACUUUGUUAAAGUCUGUUAGUUUUGAUAUUUGUGGGGAAAGACUAAUAAAUUGCCUUUGUUGUGUUUUCAGGAGAGAAAACACAAAAUCUUCAGUAUGGUUAGAUGCAGAUAGGGGUUGGUCAGAUACAAAUAAUUUAUUUGUGCCAUUUAGAAGUUGCAAAAAUAGUUUGUUUCACUGUGGCGUUAAGUGUCAUCACUAAUGUGUCUCCAUAAGCUCUAAAACAUGCCUGAGUAUUGCAGCUUGUGUAUUACCGUUUGUGGUCAGAACAUAUUAACUGUGCGAACAAUGUGCUGAAAUGAUGCAGAAUUAUUGUAAAAUAAAAUAAAACUAAGCUGGUACAUAUUAUUGUAUUGCAAUACAAUGUCUGUAUAUGAGUUCAGUCAACUAAUGAAAAAGAGAAUACCACUGGAAAUAAAUAUAUUUAUUUUUUUCUGUCUUCUAAAAUGGUCACUAAGUAUAAUUAAUUUAUUGUGUAUUAAAAAUCAUAUAUUUUGAA